UGAAUACAGCCACAAGUCGGUCGCAAUCGCGGCUGUGCGGCGCGAACCGAGGUCUGUACUUGGGACGUAAAUUCAUUCGCAGUGUGAAGCUCAGAGAGAAAGGAAGGUUUUCUCGCAGUGUCGGGAGUUGCUCAAGAGAGAGAGAGAGAGACAGUCUUUGGAGGUGUUUUCGUGGCGGCGCAAUUAAUGUGUGAAAAGUGUGGUAAAUAGCGGAGAAAAGUCGAGAGAUUUCCAAGCGACAUUUUCAGUGGCUUCUGUAGUUUGUGUGCGGUGCAGUUUUUCCCAGAACGGAAGUUGAUCUGUGGUGUACAUUUAACGAGCUGACGUGCUGAAGUGAAAGUGUGCCGUGAGGAGGAAUUUCAACAGAGACUGAAGGAAAAUCUUGGCGUUUUUUGGGCCACACCUUAAAUCCAACUGUACGAUUGAUCUCAAGAAUAGUUUCGAGAGGCAUCAUGACUGUGAGCAAGAUCCAAACGGCACAGCCGACAAUUGUGCGGAGAAAUCCGCACAACAGGAGUGAUAUCAGUGUCGCGGACACGAAUCAAGUGCUGCAGCCGCGGUCCAGCACUCGACGUUGUCUCUUUGGCAAGGCGAAGCCCGGAGAAAAUCUGAAAAUAGCCAAGGAGCAGAGCCAGGCGAUCUUCGAGCGGAUCCGCACGGAGUACAUUACUCGCAUUGGAUUUGACAUUGGCACCGAUCAACCGGUGCAGGAGAAUUCUGAGACGCCCGGCACGACUGAGCGUCUGCAGGAGGACGCAGGACGCACUCAGGAGUGUCCUGGCGAAGUCAGGGAUACAGUGACCAAGCAGGAGGACACGUGCAAUGGUGGCAGUGCAAGAAAUCCGCCAAACGCAGAGAAGAGUCACCGUGUGAAACCUUACGAUCGAGCCACCAAGCAGACACACAUCACAGAUUUCAUGCGAGAAGUGAAAAAGCCGAGAGCCAGCAUAGAGUCCAAGGAGAAGCACUAGAAGAGACAUCAUCCCGUGUGAGUUUAUCCUCGAGGGCUUCGUGCAACACUUUAAUCACUUUUCACAACGCGAAAAUCUAUUCUUUUGUCGAAGAGGAGAUAAAUCAGCAACAACUCAUUUGACUAUUUGAGAGCAAAAGAGAGAAGAAUACAAGUGGAGAUAGUGUAAUUUAUUAAUUCUUUUUAUAAAUGUAAUGAUCUCAAAUAUUUAAAAACUAGUAAAGAGAAAGAUUUUAAUUUAUCGUAUUUUGAGUGUAGUUGUUAGGAAUUAUUUAAUUUUGCUUGAUGAAAAAGUACAUAAUAUAUGGAAAAGAAGAGAGAGAGAGAUAUAUUCUAAGGACACUCACAGAAGCUGAGAAAUUCAGGAAGAAAUACCAGAAAACAUUUCGGUUCUCAAUUCUAAUUUCAAUCAAUCUUCUUGACGGAGGUUUUCGAAGGGUUGAGGAAGUUUUCCGCUGAGAAGAGAAUAAACAUUAUAUUUGUAAUAGGGACCAAAAUUGGCGAUCCUCACUCUUCAGCCUCUGUCUUUACAGCAUCACAUUUUGAAAUUAAUAAUUUUACCGCAAGUCCAAAUUUUCAUCCUUGUCCCCGUUUUGCCCAGUGAAAAUUAUCUCAUAAAAUGAAGAAAGAAGACAACACAGCGAAAAACCCUUCUCAAUUGCAAUGUGAUAUCGAAAGGUGACAAAAGUGUUUAAGUUAGAAAUUCCACCUCAAUCGUUUUCGUGUCAUCACAUCCAAAAUUCCAGUUCAAUUGAUAUUUACUAAUGGAGGAGCUCAGCGAAAGGAGUAAAGCAUAGCUCUAAGGCUCCCAUUAUGAGUGGGCAUUGAUUAAUUAAGAGAACAAGAAUUGUAUAAAUAAUGUAACAAAUGUGAGAAUUUCCCACCGUGGUCACCCAAGAACUUCAAAUUGAACUGCCUUUUUUUCUCCAACGUGUUGUUUGACCCUCUUUUUUCAUACAUUAAAAAAAAACAUAAAAAUCAAUUUAUUGGAUUAAUUUCUUAAGCGACUCUUUGAACAGUACAAAAUUCUCGUAAAAAAUUUUUUGAUUGCAUUUUUUUACCCUCUUAUUGAGAUAAUCAAAAUAUUUUUUAAAUCCUUCGAAUUGUGAUAUCGACUUUUUCUCUAGCGCCGAUUGUCAACUGAAUCAAAACUGGAUUUUCUUGCAAUUUUCACUCCCUCAAGAACUCUCCCUAUAAUUUUGUGUGUUUGCAAACGCAGUUCAUUUCCCCGCAAACAAGUUUAGGUCACACUCCCAACAUUGAAAUAUGUAAAAUAGAUUUUUUUUUGUAUUUAUUAUCACAGCGUAUUUGUGUGAAUUUUUGCAUUAUAAUAUUUUCAAUUAGAAUUGUGCGAAAAAGUGCCUUUUCCACAGACACACACACACACUGACAUGAAAAUUCAAUUUCAUACUGUAUAGAAAGCAAGGAGAGAUAUAAAAUGGAAAAAUGUGUAUCUCCCAAGUAUUUGUAAAUAAUGUUUAUAGCGAAGAGAUGCCCAGGAAAUAUGCAUAAAAUCUCUUCCUUUUGGUAUUUAAGAUUGUCAUACAAAUUUUCGUAUAGGAUAACAGGAAAGAUUUCAAUGAUUAUGGACUCCAAAUGUUCGCAGUCCAUACUAAAAUAAUAUACUUGAAUGAACAAUAAAACGUUGCUA